CACAAAUAUUUUCAAAGGUUUUGGAUGAAAAAUACAGUUUUAUCAGAGGUUUAAAUGCACAUUUUACAUGCUUAUAUUUGGAUGAAUGAUAAAUGACAAAGAGUUGCCAUGGCAACUUUCUGUCUUUUGCCCAGUUUUAUCGUCCUGACUUGGACUGUUCCCCUCAGUGGAAAAAGAACCCGGUUGUGAUGUUUAGGAGCGAUUUAAAAAAAAAAUAGAAAACAACUUCCACCCUUGUACAUGUAACCCAAAUAGUUCUUUUGGUGAGAGUUCACAAGCAUUUCCUAUAACAUGAUCAGCAGAUGUUAACUUGUAGUAAUUUUCCACCACAAACCUUACUGUAGACUGAUAGAUUGCAGACCAAGAAGGAGAUUCCUGCUCCAAAUUCAACACCUUUUAAACUUGUCAAACAUUUGCAGCUCCUGGUCAUACGACACAAAUAUUGAGUUGAAGAAAACCUACAGAGCCUUGAAUAAACUGUCAAAGUACGGCGGCGGUGGCAUCAUGCUGUGCGGUCUGUUUUGCAGCCAAGUGGUUGAAAUCCUAAAGCUUCCGUUUCCAUAGCUCCGUUGACAGUUUUAUGGUUUUAAAACUUGGACACGACUGGAUCGGUUCCAGUUCAGUUCAGUGUUAGUGACUCAGCAUGUGUGCAAUUUAUUUGACUACAUUUAUUUUUAAAUACAUAGAGGAAAAUACUUGUGUAUUUUUAGGGGGUCUCCGGUUUCUGGCAGUUAUUAUUUUUGGUAACCUUUGACCUGCAGGAUGCAGAAUCCAUGAAUUUGUGAAAUUGUUGCAAAUAUAGUAAACGAUCACAGACACGCCAGUAACGUCCGCGUCGUGACCAGCCUGUCAGGACUCCUGUUUCUGGAAUAAGAAGUGAUCAGAAAGCAAGUGAGGGUACAGUCUGCUGCAACACAAUGUAAAUAUUUUCACCAUCUCUCGACAGCGCUGUGGUUGCUAGUGGGCGUUCCCGGAGACAGAACCUAACAAUUCAAUGCUGCCUCAGGUCUCAUAAAACCUUGGACCGAGCCUGACGCUAAUCUACUUCGUAGACGUGUGGCCUGUCGUGCUUAUGUUGAUCUCAUAAGUAAACGUUCUGAAAACGUAUAGAAAUAUUCCCAGCAUGGGUUUGACUUAAAGACGCAUUCGGCAUAAUGUGAAUGAGUUUUAAAGAGCUGCAAAUGUUUUCCUAGUUAAAGACGCAGGAGCAGCAACGAGAGUUCUCAGGUUCUCACGUUUUGUGUUUAUGAAUAAGCCUAAUGUUUAAGAAGAGCAAAUAAAAAAUUGUUUUGAUUUAAUUAUGACACAUCUCCCUCCCAGACCAAAUGGGUAAGUCAGGGAAAUAAGCUCGUCUUAGCAGCAUAACAGCUGCUAUUUAUUCAGCAACAAUAUUUUCAAGGCCACUUAAAACUCGUUUUCUGACGCAAGGAGUUUAAUUUUAGCUCUUCUGCAAACAAUAUAGGGACGUUAAAAGCACGCUGGUCUUUUUUUAAAUUUUAUUUUUAAAAUGGGGUCGUCAUGGGUUUUCCAGAAAACCCCUAAAAAUGGCAAAAAAAAAACCCAAGAAAGGACUAAGUUAAAUAAGUGCAUCAAUAACAUGUUUUCUGUUGCUUGAUUUCAUGUCUAAUUAGUGUAGAAUGUGUGUUGGUGGCUAAUAGCUACCGAUUUGGGCUAAACUAAAAGUCUUUGGGGUUUAUUAUAAGAGUUUUGACAAUAUUUAGUAGUUCUACACUGAAUAUUGAUUUCUAAACACUUCUACGUAAAUUUUUGUUCUAAAAAAAAGAGCAUUUUAACUUUGGAACCACUUUGAAUUCACAAAAGUGUCGACUAAAGGUGGUAAACCCCCCACCCCCCAAAAAAAUGUUGGCCACGUUUCUGUCGGCACUCGCAUUGUUGACACACCAUCUGAGGAAGAGGAGGAGGAGGAGGAGGAGGAAGACACCACAAUGGCAGAUCUGAUCACACACAGAUAGUAAACAAAAAAAAAAUCUAACAGAAAGUGCUGCUGUUCGGGGAAGGAAGAGCAGGUCAGCGUCUGUGCGGGGAAACGGAGAGACAUCCAGAGCCAGGAGGGCGGGACGGAGAGAGAGAGAGAAUAAGAGGAGAGAGAGAGAGAGAGAGAGAGAGAGAAUAAGAGGAGAGAGAGAGAGAGAGAGAAUAAGAGGAGAGAGAGAGAGAGAAACCUGAAGCUCAAAGUGAACAACAGACCUGAGAUCAGCGGCAUUCCCCUCCCUGCUGCCUGCUGAGAGAGAAGCGACUGGCAGCUCUUUCCAGUGAAAGCACGACGGGGUUUUCAUAAACACCCAUAGAAGCGUCAUGGAGUUCUUCAAGGACUGCUGCAAGAAUUUCUCUCAGAGGAACAAGCAGGAACAGGAGACCCAAGUGAUCAAAAUAAAGGCGCCUCCCAAGGAGAUAAUGGUGACAGGAGAGCUGCCGGAGGAGAGGACUAGGAUGGAGAAAGCGGAAGAUUACCUCAUUUCCAAGCAGCCUCCCGGCGGCAGAGAGGUCCCGUUCGUCGUGCCCACCUUCAAGCCCACUUACGUUCAACCCCAGAGCCGCCAGUUCUCCACUCUGCAGCCUGGGCUGCACAGCUCAGCCAGGUCCACGUACGCGGGGAGGAAAGCAGAACUGCUGGGCGCCAGUUUCUUCCCGUACAACUCGGAGUCCAUCUUCCACCAGGGCAGCAUGCCGGCGUACAUCUCCCCCGGCCCCGCCCGACGAGACGCGCUGAAGAGCGGCCCUCAAAGCCCAGGUUGGACUCUGAAACCAGGCAACCAGGGGCGCCUGAGCAGCUCCAUGCUGGACCUGGCCAGCCCUCAGAGCCACAUCCAGCGAAUUGACUCCACCUCCAGCACCGUCAGCAGCGCCUCCUCCAUGAUGAGCUCCAUGGAAAGCAGCCUGGAAUCCAUCGCUUUGUCGGGGGACGAGCAGGAGCCGGGGAAGGUCUGUGUCCGGGUACGAUACCAGCAGGACGUGGAGCAGGUGUGGAUAACCCUGGUCCAGUGUUCGGACCUCGUCGUCCAUCCAGAUGAAGAGCAGAAGGUUGGCUUCAAAGCAAUCCUCACCGUCCCCAAACCCAUCCAGUUCAAGACCACACUCAAAGAGUAUCACCAGAACGUCGCCUUCAUGGAGACCUUUGUGUUCGCGCUGCGCCUGCAGCAGCUGCAGAGCAGCGCGUUGGUGCUGCGCCUGCAGACGCACAGCCCCAGGAAACGCACGGCGGCCGAGUGUGUCCUCUCCCUGCGCCAGCUCGGCCCCCGGGAGUCGGAGCACUGGCUCGACCUCCAGCAGCCCUCCAAGUCCUCGGCGUGUCACUCCGAGCUGCACCUCAGCACCCUCUUUCAGCCGGUCAGUGGACGCAUCCAGGUCAAGAUCCUCGCAGUCCAAAACCUCCCACCGUCUUCCUCUCCCCUCUCCCAGGUGUUUUUCGUCAAAGCCGAGAUGCACCAGUUAGGCCAGCUGGAAAUCAAGAAGAAGACCCGAGCGCUGAAGGCGUCCGGCGGCCAGUGUCGCUGGGAGGAGACGUUUCACUUCCUGUUGGCGUCGCUGGAGCACGCCUGCUCGCUGUCGCUGAGGCUCUACAGCCGCAGCUCCGUCAGGAGGAAACAGUGUCUUGGACAGAUCCAGCUGGGCUUCGACAGUCCUCUGCCAGAGGCCGUGGAGCAGUGGAAGGACACGAUGGCUCACCCAGAGAAAGUGGUGGCAGCCUGGCAUCGGCUGAGUCCUCCCUAAAUCCGCCGCUGCCGAGACUUUCACUUUUAAAAGCGGCAGACGCCUGGCUGCCGCGGGCAGGUUGCUCCACCGGCCCCCGCCGCCGCUCACUGAGCAGGCUGUUUACGGCCCAGACUCUACGCCGCAGGUCGACGACCUGGAAGAGAUUCGAGAUGCUUGGCGAAAUUCUGUAGAUAGAGGAUUCGCACAAAGUUUUAGAAAAUGGGAAAAGAAAAGAGGAAAAAAAAGGAGAGGCAUUUCUGGAAAAAGGAGGCUGUCUUUUUGUCUUUGUAGGUCAGCUCACUGCUUCUGGUGAAAACGCCGGUUCGGUUAGAUCCGUGUUUACAGAAAGUCUUCAAUUUCAAUUAGUUGGCUGAUGAAGCUCUGGAUGUUUGUAUUUACUGCUUGUUCUAAAUACUUAAGUUUGAAAUUCGUAGAACAAUUUUUCUCAAUUUUGUCUUUUUUUUUGAGAGAGAGAGCCAACCUAAUCAAAGCUCAGAGCCUGAAAGAAACGAAGAGGAAAUAUACGGAAGCCUGAACAACCCAAGUUUUAAAAGUCAGUGCACUUUAAUUCACAAGGCACUUUUAACAUUUGGGACGGUGACAUUUGCAGUGCCUUGAAAAGGUUUUCACACCACCUACCCAUAUUUUGUCACUACACAACAAACUUCAGUGUAUUUUGAUGAGCUACUAUUGGAUAUGCUGUAAUUUUUUAGGUGAACCUCCACCUUAGUCUCAUCUCUUAUAAAUGUUUCCUCGCAGCUUUGCUGUUCACGCUUGAGUUAAACAUCCCCACAGCAUCAUGCUGCCACCACCAUGUUUCACCAUGGGGGUGCUUUUUGAAUCUGGGUUGAUUUGCAAGAAAUUUUUAUUAGCGAAAGCGGUCUGAGUGCACAUUUCAGAUUGAAUUAGGCACCUCGUCGUUUCGCUCCGUCACGUAAAGUCCUAAUAAAAUACGUUGUUGUGACGUGACAAAAUGUGAAGUGUGUGAAAACGUUCACGUGGCAGUGUAUGUUUCUGUUUUUCUUGCCGUCAGUGAAAGUUUAAAGCCCGCUCUCAGUUGUUCAGACGAUGGCUACCGUCUCUGAUGCUAACCUAUGCGAUGUCGUGUUUUUUUUGGGGGGGGGGUUUGUUCUUAUAAGGCACUUUAUCUUCUUGUAUUAUAGUUUUUUAGGCUUUUGUUCAGAAAUGUGAAGUGUAAUCAUUAAACAAGUUCACUUGGUUGAUUAAAAAUGUGACGUAAAGAAAAACGGAACAACCUGAAGUCUUUAAGAUUUUACAAACGUGGCAAACUGGAGAAUCUGUAACUUAAGAAGGGCUUCAGAAAAAAUUUGUCUUGCGUAACUCUUGUUUGUCAGCUGAAACGGGAAUUUUCCCUGUUCAGUCCAAUAAAGCUUUGGAUUGACUGCC